AUGGCUGAGUCAUAUUCAGACUCACAACAACAUGUAGAAGAGGUCGAUGACGCUGGGUCAAUCUCGGAAGAAGACUCUGAUAAAGAAAUAGUCGAUCCUUGUUUCAAUGAUGAAGAAGUUGUGGAAAUAAUAACUCAAGGUACAUCCUUGGAGACAAUCUUGAAUAUUCAUCCCGGACCGCCAAAUGUAGAAGAUAUGGAAAAAAUUCAAAAUAAAAAUUUUACAUUUAUGAUUUCACCAUUCAAAUAUGAUCCAUCAAAUCCUGAACGUGAACCAUUAACAAGUUGUAUUCCAAAUCGACCUGUCAAUCGUUCGGAUUCAGAUCAUGUUUUUAUGCCUAAUUCACCAUACAAUGUCACUGUAAAUAAUUAUCAUUCUCAUAUUUGUUUAUUAUUAUUGGUAUUCUAUUGA